AUGCCUUACACCCCGGCGAAUUCCUAUGAUGGCGAUCAAAAGAUCUGGAUUGGUGAGCCGGUUACUGAAUAUUUUGACCCACACUUGUCCAUUGGACAGAUUAUUUUCCUAGAGAUGCGGCGGCAUCCGCAGCUUGUGGCCCAGAUUUCAGCUACGGAGAAAACAGUGCUGACCAGAGAGGAACUCCAUGCAAACUCGAUGCGAGUGGCCAGCUUUAUGCGAUCCGAGGGGCUUCUGCAAUCCGAUGUGGUGGGCAUUAUUGGAAGGAAUACCACACACAUGCCCGCUGUUGCUUACGCCUGCUUCUUUAAUGGAAUCGCCUAUCACUCGCUAAACAUCACCUACGAUUGCGAGACGAUCGAAAAAAUCUACAACAUUACAAAGCCGCGCAUUAUUUUCUGCGAUGGAGAUGAGUUCGAGAAGGUUCGUGCUGCCACCGCUCAGCUGGAUGUAAAGAUCGUCACCAUGCGCAAUCAUCCUUCGGAAUCCAUAAGAAUCGAAGAAGUUCUGGCCACCCCCAUUGAGGAAAACUUCCGACCAGCUAAACUGGAUAAAGGCAACGAUCAGACUCUGGCCAUUCUCUGCACCUCGGGGACAACGGGAACUCCCAAGGCUGUAACCAUCACCAAUAGUCGGCAUAUCCUGGCAGGCAAUUAUCAUCUUACCACUGCUGAUAUACAGUACUCCCAUAACACCCUUGACUGGAUUUCAGGCCUGCUCACCACUAUAACCUCUGGAGUGUUCAGCACUACGCGUAUUAUUGCCGAUAAUAACUUCGAUGCCGCCUUCGCCAUGCGAAUCAUCGAGGAGUACAAGGUUACGUGGACAGUACAGCCGCCCUCAUGGAUGGCUUUGAUGAUUAAUAGUCCAGAGUUUGAGACUAGCGAUUUGUCCAGCCUUCGAUGUUUCGCGUUCGGAGGGUCCCGGGCUGCCAUUGAGGUUCAAAAGAGCAUUCGAAGUCGUUUGAGUCAGGAUUGUCUGCACUUUGCUUACGGUUUCACGGAGCUUGGCGGCAUGGCCACCAUUAACCAUCACUUUGACGAGAAACCAGGGUCGGUGGGCCGUUUGGUUAACGGUAUAAGGUUGAAGAUAGUCAGUGAAGAGGGAGUAUCGCUGGGACCCGACGAAGUUGGAGUGGUGUACAUCAUGAAUAAUCAGCAAUUGGCGGGAUACUAUGGAAACGAAGUCGAGACCCUCGCCAUGCGCGAUCCAAAGCAAUGGUAUCACUCUGGGGACCUAGGAUACAUGGAUCGAGAUGGCUUCUUGUACGUUGUGGACCGCAAAAAGGAGAUGCUCAAGUACCAAAACAUAGUGUAUUAUCCCAACGAUAUUGAGUCUAUCAUCUCCGAAAUGCCCGACGUGGUCGAGGUCUGUGUCUUCGGGGUGUGGAGCGAUAUCUAUGGAGACGAGGCUGCCGCCGCCGUUGUGAAGAAACUGGGCAGCGAUCUCAAGGCCCAAGAUGUUGUGGAUUAUGUGAGCUCCCAAACGGAUUCCAAAUACAAGCAACUUAAUGGAGGAGCCAUCAUUGUGGAGGAUCUAAAGCGAAGUCCCAAUGGCAAAACCAAUCGAAUGGCCAACAAAGCUCACUUUCUGCAAGUGAUGGAUAGAAGAUAG